CGUGCAGUGUGACGUCGUACGUGAGGUCAAAAGGAAAGAAGCAUGGCGGCUGCAUUGAGGGGAUUUCGGUAUCUGGUGGGAAGGUGCAACAAACAUGAUUUUGCGUACGUUUCCACAAGAUGUUUGGCCUCAAAGACACAGGUUGGGUUUGUUGGUUUGGGAAACAUGGGAAACCCCAUGGCAAAGAAUCUGCUGAAGCAUGGMUACCCAGUUAUUGCUACAGACGUGUUCCCAGAGUCCUGCAAAGAGGUGCAAGAGCUGGGUGCUCAGAUUGUGGAUAAUCCUGCAGAAGUAGCAGACAAAGCGGAUCGAAUUAUCACCAUGCUGCCCUCUUGUCCCAAUGUCAUGGAUGUCUACACAGGACCCAAUGGCAUUCUUAAGAAAGUAAAGAAAGGCUCCCUGCUUAUUGACUCCAGCACAAUUGACCCAGCUGUUUCUAAAGAGAUGGCUUCUGCUGCUGAGAAGUUGGGGGCUGUUUUUAUGGAUGCACCUGUCUCAGGAGGAUUUAUUGUGGUCAAGUUGGGACUGGACAGGCUGCCAAAAUUUGUAACAACAUGCUUUUAGCCAUUGGAAUGAUAGGGACAUCAGAAACCAUGAACCUGGGGAUCAGGCUCGGUCUUGAUCCCAAGCUUUUGGCCAAAAUUCUGAACAUGAGUUCUGGUCGCUGUUGGUCCAGUGACACCUACAACCCGGUGCCAGGAGUCAUGGAGGGAGUUCCUUCUGGAAAUAACUACCAGGGGGGAUUCGGCACGCAGCUGAUGACGAAGGACUUGGGCCUGGCGCAGGACACAGCCACCACCACGAGGACUCCGGUCCCGCUCGGCUCCUUAGCCCAUCAGAUCUACCGGAUGAUGUGCGCGCGUGGUUACGCCAACAAAGAUUUCUCCUCCGUGUUCCAGUUCCUGCGUGAGGAGGAGAGUCAGUAACAUCCGCUACUACCCCGUCUGGAGCCCCGCCCCCAUGUGCCUCCCCCUGCACAGGAUUAACAUACAUUUCCGCAUGUGGAGUUUUAGUUUUUUUUGUUGUUUUUUUUAAAUCUUACAAGUUGUGAGAGACAUAAUGUGAGCACACGAUAUUUCACUAGUGAAUAAAAUAGUUUUAUAAUCAGGCACUCCUUAAAGUUUAAAUAAACAACAAUCACUUAAUGCAGAAAACUCAGUAUAAUGAAACUUGUUCAUUACAGAUACAGUUGUUAUGUUUAUCUUCAGUUUUUGUUUGUUUUUUUAUUUCUGUUCAGACGAGUUAUUUCAGUUGACACUGAAACUGUCAUCUGAGUGUCGCAUCCUGUCAGAAAAUAAAGACAAAAAAAAGUUGA